AUGUCGUCGAACAGCGCCCGUGUGAAGCCCGGCCAACUCUGGGGCAAGAGCAAAGAUGACCUGAAGAAACAACUCGACGAGCUCAAGACGGAACUGGGUCAAUUGCGUGUGCAGAAGAUCGCGGGUGGUGCUUCGUCGAAAUUGACAAGAAUACACGAUCUCCGCAAAUCCGUUGCCCGCACUCUGACCGUCAUCAACGCCAACCAACGACACCAACUCCGGCUCUUCUACGCCAAGAAAAAGUACCUCCCGCUCGAUCUACGUCCCAAGUUGACCCGUGCGAUCCGUCGUCGACUGUCGAAGAAAGAUGCUGCUAGGGUGACGGAGAAGCAGAAGAAGAAGCAGACACACUUCCCGGCUAGGAAGUAUGCUGUCAAGGCCGAGUAG